AUGAAAGUACUCAUCGAUGAUAGACGUGCUGCUUUUGCUGACUGGCAGAACAGCCCUCAGUCUCGGACGAAAGGUGAUACCUUUAGCAAGAAGAAAGCGGCAGCCCAGAGCGUUGUGAUGGUGAAGGUGUGGGUACUGUUGGUGACUUGUCUGGUCGCCUCAGCCACCUCCUUCAAGCACGCCUGGCAGAAUCCAGGCUGCCACAAAGUCGGUCACACCCGUCGUAUCAGCAUUCCAGAGUGUUUAGAGUUCGACAUCACGACCAACGCGUGUCGAGGGUUCUGUGAGUCGUGGUCGGUUCCUUCCGCCUGGCAGACCCUCGCCUCUAACCCCCACCAGGUGGUCACCUCCAUAGGCCAGUGCUGCAACAUCAUGGAUACUGAGGAUCUCACGAACUCCCUAACCAUCGAGUACUGA